UCCCCACUUCAGUCUGGUUCUUCAACUCUUUUGGCUCAAGACCUCUGUCUGACUUCUGAUCCUGCUGUGGCCUCCAUUCUUGUCUCUGACAUCACAGAUUUCCAAAUUGACUUCAUUAAUAUUAUUGAGGUCAGACAUUCUGCUGUAGUGCGAGUGCGUGUUCUGGACUCAAAGAAUCAACCAUUUCUUCAUAAUUUCCUGUUGCUCAUGAACCUCAUACUUAUCCCUUCUUCAUUCAUCAUUUCUGUGGAGGAGGCGGGGCCAGUGGACGAGUACAGUGUGGGAUUCCAUGUGACAGGCCUGGCAGUGGGUGUGGUCAGUCUCCACCUCUCUGCAGUGGACGGUCAUGGCCGUGUUAUAAGCUCCUCCUACAAGAAUAUGCAAGUUUACCCUCCAUUCAGACUGCAUCCCCGUAAACUUGCUCUGGCAGUUGGGAGUGUGCGACAGGUGAAAUGGGAGGGAGGGCCUCAUCCUCAGUCCAGCGUCAGGUUCUCUGUGAGUGACAGCUCUAUCGCCGUGGUAACAGAGUCAGGACUCGUCAGAGGCAUGGCAGUGGGUCUGGUAAAACUCAGAGGAGCUCUCCAGACACAAGAUACAGAAGCACCGCUUACCUUUGUACAGGAUGAAGUGGAGGUGGAGGUGUUUAAUCUGACAGCAGUGAGGAUACAGGCUCCUUUAGUUACUCUCUCUGUAGGAACAGAGAUGCCGGUUUACGUGAUGGGGAGGGACAGCGGUCAGAACCCUCUGUCUCUGGGUGGUGUUGAGUCUGGCCUUAGGUUCCACUGGAGUCUGCACAAACCGUGUGUGCUGGAGAUCAAACCCAGGCAUGCACAGGUGGGCGUUAGUGUGUCUCCCUCUCACAGUUUCUCUGUGCUGGUGAGGGCUGAAGCUCCAGGCAGGACCAGCCUCAAAGUGUGUGUGCAGCUCGAACAGAUACACGCCAGCAAUACUUCACUCUCUGAUCAUCUCACUGAUGAGAUACAGAUACUGGUGUUUGAAGAGAUGCAGUUAACAACAGGAACUCCAGGUUCCAUCCUCAUGUCUCCCCUUUCUCAGUACACCCUGCAGAGCAAUAAAGACUCAGUCUGUCCAGUCCGUUACACCCUUAGCCGGUGUAUCUCAGGGGCAGGGCUUGUAACUGUUGACGAUCAAGGGGUGUUGAGGACAGGGUCUGAUACAGGCGUGGCUCUUUUGGAGGUUUUUGCAAUGGACAUUUGUGGUAUCAACCAAACACUGUUGAUCAGUGUGAAGGUGUCAACAGUGUGGUUUGUACGUGUUUUGACUGUGUCCUCCGUGAACAGUGAUGGUGAGAGAGCCUUUCCUGCCUUCCCUCUGGGCUGGAGCAUCCAUAUCAAAGUGCUAUAUUAUGACAGCAUGGGACAACAAUUUCACUCCCAUAAUAUGCAAACACUGGCCACCACUAACAGAGAUGACCUGGUGCAACUGAUAGUUGACAAAGACAAUCAUUCGUUUCUGGUUCAGACAGUGUCACCCGGUCUAACUGUUUUGAGGGUGCAGGGAGACCCUAUAAACCCAUUUCUGAGCGAUUACACCCCUCUGUUUGUGGUGCCUGCCAUGUCAGAGCCCCCAGGAUUAUUGCGCCCUGGGGAUAUCAUCUGUUUCAGCUCUCCCAUUACAGACCAGCAGGGUAAGCGAGGGAGAUGGGAUGUGUCAUCAAGUCAGAUCCUUCAAAUGAAUUCUGAGACUGGAGUAGCAUUUGCAAAGAAUUCUGGGACAGUAGUGGUUUACUACAGGCUAGAGGGAGGGCAGCAAACCUUCAGAGAGGUAACAGUGGAGUCUGCGUCCAUUCCUGUGAUCAUUCUUCCUGCUGAUAGGCUCCUCACUAACUGGCCUGAAGCUUCAGAAUUCACAGUCAGAGUGGAUCUUAACACCUCUGCUGCCAACAUAGCUCAAUGCAGUAUAGACCAGUGGGAAGCCAUAGACAAGAAACUACAUCCUGAGGCAGAGCUAUUGUGCUCGUUAUACUUUGGCGCCCCCUACCUAGAGAUAAGAAUACUGCAGGAUAUCUUUCGCACAACACCCUUCUACAAUACAGAAACGGCUCAGUACAGCUGCAAGAUCUCUGUUCAGCCCCAGCCAGACUCCAUCCUCCAUCUUCUGUCCACUCUGCCUCUCUCCAUCUAUCUGUCUGCCUGUCUGCAGACUCAAUCACCCCCAGCUGCCCUACUGUCGCUUCCUAACUCACCCCCUUCUUUUCAACCCUCCGUUCGGCUCCAGUAUGUGCCGGCGUUCCAUUGUCCUGUCACCAAGAUCAAACUGUCCUCCCAGCAGCCUGUGGCUGAAAUCACAGUGUUUGGCACCACAGAUAUGUUCAGUACAUUGAGGGUUCAGUCAGACACCCCAGACAUUGUGUUAUCUGAUCCAGUCCGGUCAGAGAAAGACCCCACCCUCCUCCUUGUUAGAGUCUAUUCAGCCUCACAUUUCCUGGAUCAGGUACCGUCUACUGCAAAAAUUACCCUGUAUACAGACCUUUCUCUACAGACGCACGUCGUAAUGGUGACUAGAGUGAUGGACAGCCAGGAGUCAGGUGACCUUGGAACAAAUUUUGGGCUUUUGUUCAUUUCGAUAUUUGCUCUUUUUGCUGUACUGGCCACCACCGCUGCACUUUUCAUAGCGUACAAUACCAUGCUGUCUCUCAGACAAACUGUACCUGCAGUCCUCACACCCUCUACUAAUACAGAAGAGGAUACAAAACAUUUCUAUCUGUGGAUCACACCUUCACUGCCAACACAAAAAGUCGUGCAGAGAAAACAGUUGCUCUGGAAUACUAACUAACUUAUUGCACCUUCCCCCAUGAAGAACCACUUACUUGAAAGUUUUGUUACAACAGAUGCUAGUCGUGGUUCAAUCGAUACAGUUCAGCAGUUAACACGUGCAAACUACUUCAGGUUCCUGACGAGUAUCAUUUCUCAAUUUCAGACUAUUUUUACUUUAAAGUUUGGGGGAAGAUUUUUUUAAAGAAAUUAAAUGUAUUCAGCAUGGAUUCAUUACAUUUAGCAAAAGUGACUAGUGUAUUUUAAUGUAUUACAACUGAUUUUUGAAGGAUCAUGUGACACUAAAGACUAGAGUAAUAAUGCUGAAAAUUCAGCUUUGCCAUCACAGGAAUACAUAACAUUUUAAAAUAGAGAAAAUAUUUUAGUGUAACAAAUUAUUUACAGUAUUACUGUUUUUACUACAUUUUUGACCAAGUAAAGUAUGUCUCGGUGAGCGUAAGAGACUUAAUAGUUAAUAUUAAGAGAAAUUUAUUCAAAACAUCUUACUAACCCAAAACUUUUGAUCAAUAGUAUAUAAUGCCUAUUACACGAGUACAAUCUGAAUGUUGCCCGCCAAAACAACCGACAAUAUUUCUAGAGAAAAAUGUUUUUAUUACCUAGUGAUGACAUCAAGUCAACAGACAAGCAUGACACUAAACCACAUCAAGCUGAAUUUCUUAAAUAUAGUAUUUAUGUGGCUGUGACAAUGCCGAUUGGCUGGCAAAUAAUCUACCACAACACACACAUAAAUGAAAAAUGAACCUUUAUUUAAAGUAAGAGAGGGAGAGAGAGACAGGUUUGGUGGUUAUACACCUCACACGCUCUGUGUUCAGACAGCACUUUGACAGUUUUGUAGCA